GCCAUUUUGUGUGACCAUUUUGUCUGCAAAUUUACACUGUUUAUUCAUUGAAUUAACCUUCAGAGAGCAAUGUUGACUUCGAUCACCAUGCAUCAAAGAACCAUUGAUAGAAUUGGAGUAUCUUAAUCUAGUGAAAGGAUGAGGAUCUUUGAUUCUUUAUUAGCCAUUUUAGAGCCUGUUUUCUUGCAAUAAAUUAAUGCGUGGUUCAAUCUACGUUUUCGUUUUCACGCAGCUAAUCCCGUGACCAUGAGCAAGAACACCUCCCUCGCCGCAUGCCAUCCUUUCCGUCGUAUUGCUUCCAACGACCAACCACCACGUACCCUUCUUCCUCGCCCUAUAAAUUCUCACCGCCACAUCUCCACAAACCAAUCAAGGAGAGGAGGAGAUCGAUCAUGGAGACCGGAGGUUUGUUCUUUACCGGGCUAGUGUGUCUCUGCUUGUUGCAUUCCGCUUCCUCUGCUUCGGCCUUCAACUACGGCGACGCACUUGCCAAGUCCAUCCUCUUCUUUGAGGGCCAGCGCUCUGGCAAGCUCCCGGCCGAUCAGCGCGUCACUUGGCGCGGGGACUCCGCUCUCUCCGACGGCUCCUCUUGCAAUGUGGAUUUGGUGGGCGGGUACUACGACGCCGGCGACAACAUAAAGUUCGGCCUUCCGAUGGCCUUCACGACGACGAUGCUGGCGUGGAGCAUCAUCGAGUUCGGCGAGCUGAUGCAGGGCCAAGGCCAGCUUGCGCAUGCCGAGGCCGCGCUUCGCUGGGGGACCGACUACCUCCUCAAAGCCGCCACCGCCGCUCCCGACACACUGUACGUGCAGGUGGCGGAGCCGAACCAGGACCACCACUGCUGGGAGAGACCGGAGGACAUGGACACGCCCCGCAACGUCUACAAAGUCACGAGCCAAAACCCAGGCUCCGACGUCGCGGCGGAGACAGCCGCCGGGCUGGCCGCCGCUUCCAUCGUCUUCAAGAACUCCGACCCUACUUACUCCUCCAAGCUGCUUCGCACUGCUACACAAGUGUUCGAUUUCGCCAAUAAAUACAGGGGAUCAUACAGCGAUUCGCUUAGCUCAGUCGUGUGCCCAUUUUACUGCUCCUACUCCGGCUACAACGAUGAGCUUCUAUGGGGAGCUUCAUGGCUUCACCAGGCGUCGCAGGACGUCUCCUACAUGUCCUACAUCGAGUCGAACGGCCACACUUUGGGAGCCGAGAACGACGACUACUCCUUUAGCUGGGACGACAAGCGUGUUGGCACCAAGAUUCUUCUCUCCAAGGGGUUUUUGCAGAACAAGAUCGGAGAGCUGCAAUUGUACAAGGCACACUCUGACAACUACAUUUGCUCUUUGGUUCCCGGAUCAAGUAGCUUCCAAGCUCAAUACACGCCAGGAGGGCUUCUGUACAAGGAGGGCGACAGCAACCUGCAGUAUGUAACGUCCGCUUCGUUCCUCCUUCUGACCUACGCCAAGUACCUCAACUCCAAUGGCGGAUCGGUGGCCUGCGGCCCGACAAAGAUCAACGCUGCAAAUCUCAUCUCGAUCGCUAAGAAACAGGUGGAUUACAUACUUGGCAACAAUCCGGCGAGGAUGUCUUACAUGGUGGGCUUCGGCGGCCGGUACCCGCAGCACGUCCACCACCGGGGCUCGUCGUUGCCGUCUGUGCGCGCUCACCCCAGUCGGAUCGGCUGCGACGGUGGAUUCCAGUACCUGUACUCGGCGGCGGCCAACCCCAACGUACUCGUCGGCGCCGUGGUCGGCGGCCCCGACGGCCAGGACAACUUCGCCGACGACCGGAACAACUACCAGCAGUCCGAGCCGGCGACGUACAUCAACGCGCCGAUGGUGGGCGCGCUGGCGUUCUUCGCGGGGACGCCGAUGUGAUUCGAUGCAGCAUCGUGAAGUAGGGACGAUCCCCCGAUCGGGCGUGUGUCAUGAUUGGGUGCGAAAAUAUUAAUACUUAUAUUUGAGUUUCAAAAAUAUAUAUCAUAUUCGAAGAAAAAAAUAUAUAUAAAUGAUCGUAACCCAAUUCCAAAUAAAA